AUGUCCGCAAAUAUUUUCUCAUAUAAGUCGGGAGAGACAGGAGUCUUUGAUACUGGUCGUGAUAACAUCCGAGUAAAGGUCGAAGAGUUAAACGAAGAUGUCGCAAGGGUUAUUCUUGUAGAUGAAAAUGAAAGUCCAAUUGACACUAUAGAGAAAGCGAAAUUUAUAAAUCAGGCGACUGAAAAUGAAAUAACACCUGUGGAAGUUAAGGGUCAAAAAAGCUAUCUUAUAACUUGGAUAAAUAGCUAUGAGUUGCGU